GUGGGCGGAGCGAGGGGACGGCAGCAGUAUAUAACAGCUGCUGCAUCCGAAGAGCGGCACAUCUUCCUCGUUACGGAACACAACACAUCCAGCGAUGAGCCGUCUGCUACUUCUCGCCUGCCUGGUGGCCGUGGUUGUCGCCGAUAGCUACAAGACGCCCAUUCCGAUCCUGAAGGACGACCGUACACAGAACGCCUACGGCGAGUACAGCUUCGACUUCGAGACUGGAAACGGCAUCGCCAGGAACGAGGCCGGAAAGCAGGCUGAUGGGCAGGAGUCCUCUGGAGGAUGGAGCUACACCGCUCCUGAAGGCGUCCCCAUCAAGCUGAGCUUCACCUCCGGCGUGGGCGGUUACCAGCCCGUGGGCGAUCACCUUCCGGUGGCUCCCACGCCAGUGCCUCUUCCCUACGAACGCAACGACUACUGAACUCUCCUUCUUCUCUAAUAUCGAUGCGAAUCUGAAAUUAUCUAUGAUAAUAUAUCUAUUUUUUAUUAUUUAUUGAACGAAAUUCGUUCUCAUCAGAUUCGCUCAAUAAAACUUUGACAUAUAUAUGUUAUCUUCUUGUAUACCCAUAUUUAUAUGCCUCAUUCCCACUGUCAGUAUAAUUCGAUUUUGAAUGCUGAUUAAUAUUGUGAAGUCAUCGUACACAGUGUUUAUCUACACCGUAAUAUCCUUAGUGUGUAGAUAGACAUAGAACACUAUAUAUAAAUCUAUCUACAUA